UCAGAUCUUUAUAAUCAGGACAUCAACUGGAUAUACCUAAAGCCUCUUCUCUUCGUAUUCACAGUUCUGUGUUCUGUGGGGCUGUAUUUGGCCGUGUCACUCAUGGACCCGGGCUAUGUACUCUCUGACAGUGAGAAGACGUUUUCAGAACUGGCUGAACAGGAGACGAGUGCAGUGAUUUCCAGCUCCGUACGAAUGAGGCGGUGUGGAUACUGCUUGUUAAAACAGCCAAUGAGGGCCAGACAUUGUAAAUCAUGUAAUCGCUGUGUAAGAAGGUAUGAUCACCAUUGUCCCUGGAUUGAGAACUGUGUUGGAGAGAAGAACCACCGA